AUGACUGAAUCACACCAGCUUGCUGAUAAAACACUUUUUUAUGUCAAUAUCUCUACCUUAAUCUUCCGUAACUGUUCCACAACAAGAGUCAAUUUUUCUGUUCGAUGGUUUAGUACAAGAUGGAGAUGCGAUUCCACCGGAAGGUCAACAUCACAAACAAUUUCAAUAUGCCGACCACCGCCUCUCUAUUCUUCUAAUCAUUUAAUAAUGAGCAACCUAUUCAAUAUGCCCUUUUCGUUCUCAGUCAAUCCUCAAACAUUGAAAAAUUUGUUACAAUAUCGGAAAAAUAUUCAACCGAAUUCAAGUGAUGACAAAUGGUCAGAAAAAGCCAUCAAAGGGUUAAUUAAACGGUUAACCAAAGCAUCCAUGGUCGAUGAUUUGCAAGCAGCAUUGGAUAAUCAAAAUCCGCAAACGCGCUGUGUAACUAUUCCAAGAGAUGCACAAAAGAAAUUGGUCGAACCAAAUCCAUCUUCAACAGUUCGAAAGGCAUUCAAUGAUGUGACACCUGUUGUCGCUUUCUGCCGUAUAUGGCGUUGGCCAGAUUUAAAUACUCACAUGGAAUUACGUCCAAUAGAUACAUGUGUAUAUGCAUUUCAACAUGAAAAAGAUCAGAUAUGUGUCAAUCCCUACCAUUCAGAACGAGUUGUUGCACCAUUUAUUCCACCAGUUUACGUUCCUGUUUCGGAUCGUGCUGUGUUUGAUUCGACAGCUAGCGAACGAAUGCAAAUUCAACCCGAUUCGACAGUUCCAAUGGAUUUUGCAACAUCACCAGCAGAUCAACAACGUACUGCUGUGAAUAGUCCGGCAAGUGUACAAGACAAUUACGAAGCAAUGACACCGACACAAGCAACAAUGAAUCAGCACCAGAUUGCUGCUCCAACGAAUUUAAACGGCGUUCAAACCGCACCAAUCGCCUAUGCUGAAACACUGUUUUGGUGCUCGAUACUUUAUUACGAAUUAAACCAACGUGUGGGUGAAACGUUUCAUGCUUCGCUCAACUCACUUGUUAUUGAUGGUUUUUGCGACCCGAAUGCAUCGGAUCGGUUUUGCCUUGGAUCACUUACAAACAUCAACCGUACUGCCGAAAGUGAAGCAUGCCGACGAAUGAUUGGUAAUGGUGUUCGACUUUAUUACAUCGGCGGUGAAGUCUUUGCAGAAUGCCUGUCAGAUACACCAAUAUUUGUACAAAGUCCAAGUUGUAAUCAACGUUUUCAAUGGCAUCCUGCAACUGUGUGCAAAAUUCCACCACGCUGUAAUUUAAAGAUCUUCAGUAACACAGAAUUUGCUCAAACAUUAAGUGAAACUAUUCAAUACGGUUACGAAGCUGUUUACAAUCUUACACGAAUCUGUGCUAUUCGAAUGAGUUUUGUUAAAGGAUGGGGUGAAGAAUAUCGGCGCCGUACAAUCAUGAGUACACCAUGUUGGGUAGAAAUUCAUCUGAAUGGUCCAAUGCAAUGGCUUGACAAUGUUCUUCAGCAAUUACCAGCACCUGGUAGCAUGUCCAAUUUUGUCUUUCUUCUCCAUCGAAAGAACAAGUACAACAUGGUUAAUGUACCAAAAACACGUCGUACCUUUUGCAAGGGUAAAAACUGCAAAAAACACACCUUACACAAAGUGUCCCAAUACAAAAAAGGCAAAGACAGCGUUCAUGCUCAAGGCAAACGACGUUACGAUAUGAAACAAAAAGGUUACGGUGGUCAAAAGAAACCCGUGUUUCAUAAAAAAGCUAAAACAACCAAGAAAAUUGUUUUGCGAAUGGAAUGUACGGAGUGCAAAUUCAAAAAACAAUUAGCCAUCAAACGUACCAAACAUUUCGAAUUGGGUGCCGAAAAGAAGAAGAAAAAUCAAGUUAUCAGUUAUUAA